AUGACGGCCACGACGCACCCCGUUGCCCCAAAGGCUCGCAAGCCGAGCGCAAAGGACGAAGGGUCAUCGUCCCCCGCGCCGCGCAAACGUCGACGCAGAGCCGUGGGCAGCGGUGCGGCCGACGACUGCUUCACCUGCGCGACCAGACAGGUGCGGUGCGAUAGACGGCGGCCGUACUGCACGCCCUGCCUCGACCUGGGGCGCCAGUGCUCCGGAUACAAGACGACGCUGACCUGGGGCAUCGGCGUGGCGAGCCGGGGUAAACUGCGCGGACUGUCGUUGCCGAUAUCAGGCGCGAAGAGGGUCAGCCCUGCAAACGGUGGAGGUGGAGGAGAGGAAACGUCGCCGCGCAGCGUGCCGAAGGAGGCGGCUGCGGUGUCAGAACAGCAUCGGCCGCGGGUGGAUGCAGCAUCUGAAACGAGACCACAAAAGAGCGAGACCAGGAAGAGCGAGGAUACACACGAAUUCAUACAGACGCAGACGCAGACACCAACGCCGACACCGACGUCUCCCUGGUCGGCGAUAAACGCGACUCCUCCUCCGCGAAGCAGCACGGCCGAGUCGUCGUCUGUACCGUCCACCGCCAGCCCGGCCUACUCUGUGCCACAGCACCCUUCCUACAGCUAUGCAGAUGCUUACGGGCAGCAGCAGCAGCAGCAGCAGCCCCUGUACCAGACCGUACACGAGCCACUCAAGGUCGAACCGACGGCGGGAGUCGGCAGCAUAGCCUUCUCGAGCCUGGCGUCACCCUACGGCUCGCCUUAUAGCAGCAGCUCUGUCUCGCACUUUGACGGCAGCCCUCUCGAGCCCUACCCCCUGGCUCGCAAACGGUCCCCCGAAGAUGACAUUGACGACUCCGACCCAUCGCGGGUGCGGGUGCGAGCAGAGUCGGUCUCGUCGUCAGACAUGUCGGUGCAGCAGUGGCAGCAGGCUGCCAGCUAUCGGCCGUACUCGCCGCACAGCUUCUAUCUAAACCAGACCUUCUCUACGACGUGGAUAGGACGGAACCCGCGCAUGCGGUAUCUGAUAGGGUACUACACGGAGGUCAUCGCGCCCGUCAUCGUCACCUUCGACAGCCCUACCAACCCCUUCAGACUCUACCUCCUCGAGCUCGCCAAGGACAGCGAGACGCUGCAGCAUGCCAUCGCCGCCCUCUCGCUGAGCAACCUCCGGCAGCGGCGCAAGAACUGGGGCCUGUCGACGGGCAAGACGAUACCCUCGCGGCGGUCGCUGCAGGCGCACUGCCGGAUGACCGACCGGGCCUUUGAGGAGGCCUUUGGUGUGACGACGCCCGAGGAGCAGCUGCUGGAGGAAUCCUACCACAAGGGGAUGGCGAUCAGAUCGAUCAACGCGCAGCUGGCCGACCCUGUCCAACGGCGUACAGACGCGGUCUUUGCCACCCUGCUGGUGCUCUGUCUCUUCCACAUGUGCGAUACCGGGCUGGCCUCGUUCCGCAGCCAGUUUGCGGGCGUGAAGAAGCUAUUCAUCAUCCGGGGCGCGGGCAAGGGCAACGACUCGGACGUGAUGAAGUGGUUUAUGCGCAUGUUUACCUGGUUCGACACGAUGACGGCGACCAUCAACGACCGGGACAGCCAGAUGAACGGCUGCCUGCUGGACGUCACCACUUCGGGCCAGGACGAGUGGGCGCUCGAGAACCUGGCCGGCUGCGAUCCUCGCCUGUUCCGCGCCGUGGCGCAGCUGGGCAGGCUGAACCAGCUCAGUCAAGCGAAGCCGGUCGACGACUCGACGCCGCGCAUCGAGCGGCCUGUCCCAACCGUCUCCCUGCCGCAGAGCAUGAUCCAUUACCCAGCCCACGUCCUCGACACUCCGUAUGUCGACGGUCCGCGGCCGGCGUACAGCCUCGACUCUCGCACCGAGUUCUGGAGCGAGUGGCAUGCCAUCCGCCAGAAGCUCGAGACAUGGCGCCUCCCCGAGAUCCCAGGCACCCACAGUCCGGUCCCUUCUCUAUCGUCCACCGUUUCCUCUUCCCCUUCCAUCACUACUUCCGCCCCGUCCGCCCCUACAUCCUCCCUCUUCUCGGCCCCCUUGCCCCCAUCCCCCCUAUCCCACGUCAACCCGGCCAACCUGCCCGAGAUAUCAAACAUCUCCGAGUCCUUCCGCUACUCUGCCCUGCUCUACCUCGAGCGGCUCGCCCACCCAUCAACGCCCUCGAACCACCCGCGCUUCCAGACCCUGGUCACCGCGGCCCUGCACUACAUCACAGCCGUGCAGUCGGACGUCUUCCUGCUCUGGCCCCUCUUCGUCGUGGGCAGCGAGUGCUCGUCCGAGUCCGACCGGGCCAUCAUCCGCCUGCGCUGCUGCGACAUCCAGAAGGACUCUGGUUUCGUCAACAACCUGUCCUGUCUGCAGCUGCUGGAGCGUAUCUGGCGCGAGGAGGACCCCAACGUCGAGCUGGCCGACAGCGCCGGCCGCCGUGUCGUGGGGGGGGCCGCCUUUCGCUGGCGCCGCAUCAUCGACUCCCAGCACCUCACCGACGAGUACAUAGUCGUUUAA